AUGGCAGGCCCAGAAGAGAAAGAGCCAAAGACCGCCGAAGGCGAGAUUCAGCAGGACGCGCCCACCCCGCCUUACGAUGUCGCGUCGGGAGAGGUCGUCGACGCCAAGCAGCCCCGGCAGCUGUCGAGAUCGCUACAGGGACGCCACAUGCAGAUGAUAGCUAUUGGCGGAUCCAUCGGCGCCGGUCUUUUCGUUGGCACCGGCAGUGCGCUCCGCACCGGCGGUCCUGCAUCGGUCCUCAUCGGCUUCAUGACAAUUGGUGUGAUGAUGCUGUGCACUGUUCAAGCAUUGGGCGAAUUGGCCAUCAUCUACCCGGUUAACGGUGCGUUUUAUGAGUACGGCAUCCGCUUCGUCGAUCCAGCGUGGGGCGUCUCGAUGGGGUGGCAGUACUCGGUGGGUUGGAUGCUCACGCUUCCGUUCGAAAUCACCGCUGCCGGCAUCACGAUUGAGUACUGGAAGAGCCGAGAAGAAGUCAAUCCCGGCGUCUGGUGCGCCGUGUUUCUGGCCGCUCUGAUCAUCAUUCAGAUUUUUGGAGUGCGUGGAUACGGUGAAGUCGAGUUUGUGCUCGCCAUCAUCAAGAUCGUGGCAUGUAUAGGCUUUAUCAUCCUCGGCGUCGUCAUCGAUUGCGGCGGCGUUCCCACUGAUGACCGUGGAUACAUUGGAGCUCGCUAUUGGCAUGAUCCCGGCGCGUUCCGCAACGGAUUCAAAGGAUUUUGCUCAGUCUUUGUCACAGCUGCAUUCGCAUUCGGCGGAACGGAAAUGGUCGGCCUCGCGGCGGCGGAAGCCGCCAACCCGCGGCGAUCACUACCCAAGGCUACAAAGCAGGCAUUCUGGCGCAUCUUCCUGUUUUACGUUGUCAACAUCUUUAUCGUGGGUCUAAUCGUCCCAUCGGACAGCGAUGUGCUGCUCGGGGCCAGUGGGGCGAAUACGAAAGCAUCGCCAUUCGUCUUGGCCGUCCAGAUGGCUGGAAUCAAAGUCCUCCCUCACAUCAUCAACGCGGUGAUUACCGUGGCCGUGAUAUCGGUGGCUAACAGCUGCACCUACGGAUCCACACGUGUCCUCCAGGCCAUGGCGUCGAGCGGGUAUGCCCCGUCGUGCUUCGCCAAGAUCGACAGCAUGGGGCGUCCGAUAUGGUGUGUUGUGGCUCAAGUGGCAUUCGGCUUUCUAUCCUUCAUCACGGUAGGAGCAGACUCCGACACGGUCUUCACCUGGAUCCUGGCCAUCACCGGUCUGUCUGGACAAUUCGCCUACGCCACCAUCAUGCUCUCCCACAUCAACUUCCGCAGAGCCUGGAAGAUGCAAGGGCGAGGUGUUGAUCAAAUCCCGUGGCGUUCACCGUUUGGGAUCGCGGGUAGCUACGUCGGACUCGUUCUCGUGAUUCUUUCUUUGGUGGCCACCUUCUACGUUGCUCUUUUUCCCAUCGGGUCACCUCCCAGCGUCGAGGCCUUCUUCGAGAGCUAUAUGGCGGCCCCAAUCACGAUAUGCCUCUUCAUCAUUUUUCAAGUCUACUCGAAGAGGUGGACGGUCGGCGUCAACUUGCGUGAAGUCGAUCUCGACAAAGGAAGGAGGUUCGAAGAGGAGCUCGAUCCUGAAAUCUUGGUCGAGGCCGGUCGACCGGUGUGGAAGCGUGUUUUGAACUUUCUUUUCUAG